AUGAAGCCGGAAGAGCUGUUUGCAGAGGUCGCCGACCCUUUUCUGCGACACUGUCUCCAAGUCGUCCAAACGACGCCGACCAACUUUACCUAUAUUGGCUCGGGUGCCAAGAUUGCCUAUCGCUGGCUCAAUGUCGAGGACGAUGCGUUCCAUCGGAUUGCCGCCGACAACGGCAUCGCUUUCGCAUCCACGUCAUCUUUGGCAUCGCUGACUCCGAAACGAUCGGAGGUGCCGUUGCUGCUCCACUGUGACUUUCGCGCGGGGAUGGAUAUGUGGGAUCCGCUCUUCCUUGCGCAUCUUCUCAAAUCACGUCCGAUGAUCAUCUUUGACCCGUGUCACUGCGGACGAUCCGUCUCGAAUCGCGAUACCCGCCCCUACAUGGGCUCGUUCUACAAAUGGGCCAAACACGCUGUCGCCAUUGCCGACUCGCUCGGUGUCGCCGAAUACGACGUGCUCGGAUUGGCCAUGGGUGGCGCAGCUGCUCUGCUCACGGCCUUGUAUCCGAGUCCAGCGACGACGCGCGUACGCAAGAUUGUCGCAGCAGCCACCACGGGUCCUGCCAUCUCGGCGCGUCUCUACGAAGAGUGCUCGCGCAGCUCCAUGUCCAUCCCGUGGCCGCGAGACGACUGGAACCUCAUGAAUGCAUCCCGCCUCUCGCUCAACGACGGCACCAAACCCGAGGAAGUCAAGCAGGCCUUGAAACACACGUCCUUCACCGAUUCGGAUGCGGGUCAGCAGGCGCUCGAGCAUCACUGGGACCGCAUCAACCAGUUCGCUCAGUACCGAUCCAACAUGCCCUCGGAAGCGCCCUUCAUCGGACUCUUGGAGGAUCGUCGGGAGCUUGGUCCGUUGCGAUGUCAGCGACUGGCGUGGAGGAGCUGGGAGACGCUUCCGCAGCAGCGCGGUGGCGCCUACACCGAUCCUAUGGCCAAAGUCAAUGUGCCUGUCCUCGUAAUGAACGGCAUCAACAACACGCUCAUCCCUGCCAGCAGGAGCUGGGAGCUCAUGUGCCGUCUUCCCAAGCCCGCGCUCAACCUCUACGAGGACUCCGGGGCGGGCUUCAUCUGGCAGUAUCCAGAGCGUGUCGCAAAGGACAUCAACUACUUUUUGGACUACGACCACUCGAAUCUUCAGCCUCAGCUGCUGCCCUCGGCAUCGCUGCCCCAACCCACCGCGCCACUGCCCAACUACCCGCCACCCACGCAGAACACCGCGUCGGUCUCUCAGGCGAGUGCAGCGCACAGCUCGUACGGCAACAUCCAGCACCCCUACUUCCCCGAUAUGCCACCGGGGUAUCAGCAGGCCUCGAGCCAGUUCCACCCGCAGGAGAACGAGCGCUUGCAGAGGGCUUCCAAGCUUUGA